UGAAAGCCGACGAUACGAUUAUCGUUUGUAUAUAUCGAUCCAAAUGCAGUACAUUUAUUCUCCUUCUGCAGCAUAGAAAAGAGCGCACGCGCAGAUAGUACAGGGAAAAAAUAUCGUAAGCACGGAGCGGCUUCUGCUUGUUGAGAAGCCGGCGCUAAGAAUCUCCUGGUUAUGCGCGGAAUCUUCAAGGACAAGGAGCUGUUGUGGAGGUGCAAGAGUACUAGAACCUCGCUGGUGUACAACGUUUCUGCUCGAACGAAGUUUUGUUUGCCCGGACUUCGUUGUCCGCCAGUAUCAUGCGGGCUGCACCGGAAGAGCACCGGGACGAAGAACCAGAAGUACAUGAAAAGCCGAAGAGCUCCGCGCAGCAGCAGCUGCCGAAUAAACAGGAGAGCAAGGACAUCAACUACAUCAAAGACAGCUACGUCGUGGUUUCCGAGCACGAGAGGAACAGUCGUCAGUCGGGCGGUGCGACGACGAAUUCGGAUUCGAACAACACUCGAAGGAGGACAAGCGUAAACUCGGAGGCGUCAUCUUCCUCAUCCUCCUAUGUACUCAAGCAGUCGCGGGGGUCCAAGCGCGAGCGCGACCGCCGGUGCGCAAGCGAGCCUGCAGGGAGUGCAGGAGCUUCUUCAGGUGGUUUCAUUUCUUGUGCAUGCCUGUCCGACGCACUCGCGCUCUUGACACAUCCGUUUCGCAUCCUCGAACAAGCGGCCGCGUCGCAUGGCUCUAGUUCAACGUCGAGCAAAGGUGCUGCAGGCGAUGGCCCUGGAGGUAGUAGCUCAUCCUCAUCCUGGGCGCGGAAUUGCUACGACUGGUCCGCGCGCGGCGGGUUUUGCGGGUCUCUGUUCUUCGGGCGCGACCAGUGGCACAAGGCUGCGAAGAAAUCCGUGGAGCGGGCCCGUUGGCGGCGGAAGAGCGAGGGCGAAGCGCGAUUUUCCUCAGCGGUAGACCGCAUGCGUCCGCGACACUCCUCGCACCCCGGCGGACGAAGGAACAAGCGGCGGACGCAAAAGCACCUUGCGGGCACCAUUUCUACUAACGAAGCCCAAAAAGAGGACCUUUUUGGGCCGCGCGCCGACAGAUCGAUUCGACCACAGCCCGCUUCGCUGUUUGCUCCAUCGGAGUUUCUCGCGCAUUUGCGACAACGAAGCUACUUCCUCCUGGCGGACGGCCGCGAUCUCUCCUACCACUGGGAACCCGAGACGCUCAACUCCGCGUCCUCCAGCUUUCUGCUGGAAAACGACCGCGGCAUGAUCUCGCCCCGCCAAUCAGGAACUGCUCGAAUAAUUGAUGCACCCGGCGGAGGACAAAGUAGUAGCGGCCACCCGGUCGGGCGCAGCCGGUCCAGUCCGUCUCGCCGAACUGAGGCGCGUGGUGAGGAGGGCUUUGAAGACGCUGACUUCUGUGCGCACCAGACCGCAGAUUACGCCAGGCGUAUUGACAACCUGCUGGACCACCAGCGCGGGACCACGGUAAAGGGCGGCUCCCUUUCGAGCACCGCGCCUCCGCACCUGCAGCCACCGCAUUUGCGCGACGCGGCCACUUCCACCACCGGCUUGCUGCUUUCCCGACUCUUCCACACGGUGCGCAGCACGGCGUCCAGAAACUCGAUCUCCUCGUCCCACGGGGGCGUUGGCGUUCCGAACACCGCUCGGGCUACAUUGUCCUCGCGCCACGACGACGAGGAACUGACAGAGCAAGAGAAGCUGAGCAAACUGGCCUUCGAUUACGAGUAUUACGGCCCCUACGCCCACGUGCCGCUGCUGUCGGACCGCGAGGGCCAGGAAGCAGUGUUAAACUUCUGCACCCUGCUCGAGGGCAUCCAGGACGGGGCUUCCCUGCUCAUUUUCUACUUCCUGAAGAACACCUUUCACCUGUCGCCCGUCAUGAUGAGCAUCAGUUUCGGCAUCACGAAUUUACCGUGGAUUAUCAAACCCAUCAUGGCUUACACCACGGAUACCGUCUUCAUAAACGACCAGCGCCGCAAGCCGUAUGUCGUGCUUGCCAACCUGCUCGCAGCCGCGGCCUACCUGGGGAUCGGUAUGAUUUACGAAUUUCGUUUGGUUAAUACUUCUCUUUGCUCUAGUCAGUCGAUAAGAUGGAGCCAAUGACGUGCAUGUCACCAACAAUGCGUGCUGCCACCUGUAGCUGUAUUUUUUUUUGUUUGCAUUUUAUUACUUACUAUGACCGCAGGCGUCACGCAUUCCUUCCCCGUAUCCCUGCUGUGCCUUGCGACGGCGGGUGUAGGCCGCGCGUUUGGACUGGCAGCGAUUCAGGGUUUCAUCGUAGAAAACUCGGAACGCAGCGCCGCGAAUGGUCCCGUGUCGGAAUUCUUCUGGAUGCGCGCGGUGGGCGGCUUGGUGGCCUCGUAUUUCUCUGGCGUUCUCAUCGGUCAUGGCAACGACCCCGGCUAUCUACUGUCGUGUCUUGCGGUAGCGCCCACACUCGCCGCCGCCGUCGCCGCGCGGUUCAUGAUUGAGCAGCAGCGCAGCCGAACCAGCCAACUCAGUUCGCCUUUUCUGGAACUUCCGGCAAGCCUGCACAAGACGCGGUCGUUGCGCGAAAAUUGGGAUAAUUUGAAGUACGCGAUGCAGAAACCCGUUUUCUUGGGACCGCUGAUCUACCUACUGUGGUACAGAGAAGUUGUGACAUUGAAGUCUGUACUUGUCGUUAUCCGCCAUGCAAAAACCAUCUUUGACACGUGAUCUUUUUUGUACGGCUUUCGAACAACCUUAACCUUUUCUCCGUAGCUUACAUCUCAUCUUUUGCAACAGUGAGUUACUCCCUCCUUCAAAUCAAUUCUCCCAGUUACUCGUGCGGGCCCAAUUACGACGACGCCUUGUACUAUUUUUACGUGAACCAGCUGCACUUCUCGCCGGAGUUCAUGGGCCGGGUCUCCCUGAUCCACUCGGGCGCGAAGCUGAUGGGGUUGGCCCUCUACCGCUACUGCCUCGGGCAAAACCUGACUUCCCGGCAAGUACUAGCCACCGCUACCCUCGUGUCCAUCCCGUUCUACGUCACACCCAGCCUGAUCACCUCGGGCGCCUACCAGAGUCUCGGUUGGAACCCGAAACUGCUCGCCCUGGGCGGGGAGAUCAUACGCGACUCCUUCCUCUACGUCCAGCUCAUGCCCGCCCUUGCGGCUGCGGCAAAGGUCGGACCCGCCGGAAUGGAAAGUAUACGUGAUUUUGUUUUCCUAUCCCGUGAUGGACCACGACGAAUGCCUGGCUGCAUUAAACAAGACUGACAGUUGUAGUUGAUGCAAGCCGCGGUCGUACUUGAUUGAGACACAGGAUCAGGAGUGAAAGUGUUUCAAGCUUAUGUUGUAUUUUCGUCGCCAUUUUGUUGCUCGUCUAUCGAGCCAAACCUCAACCUGAAGCAGGACCUCGUCUCCGAACACCGCUUGUUCUGUAAUGGUCUACUUGAUAUUCCACCACGACACCAGGUACUGUUUUUUCGGUCGUAACGGCGCUGGGAAACGCCGGGCGCGCGGUGCAACGGCUGAGUUAUGAAUUGCAAAAGUAUCGCACUCGUAUAAAUGCAUUACAAAUACAAACUUCCUCACCAUGAGACAUAAAAAAAACAAGAUUUGUAAUGCAAGGCUUGCAUUUAUACGAGUGCGAUACUUUUGCACAGGAUAUGAGUUCCGCGGGCACGAUUUACGCCUUCGGGGUUUCGGCGGAAAACUACACGCACCUGACCAGCCUGAUCUUUUUCUGUGGCGGGACGCUGUGUUUGCCGCUGCUCAUCCUUCCGUACGUGCAGUUCGUGGACGAACACGAGGACGAACGCAGUCCGGCGGACGACGACAGCGACUUGUUUACCUUCAAUCGCAACGUCGAACACGAAAUCGUCGGGAAAACCACCGUAUGCAUUGCAAAAGUAUCGUACUAGUAUAAAUCGCAUCACAAAUAAUUUUUCCAGGAACGAAAAUGCAAUUUCAAUUUGUCAUGCUGGACAAGGCGUCUUUGGGUUGAUCAACUCACCCGAAACACAAUGCCAUUCCCGCAGUAGCACAGUCUGUUUAUGUCAUGCUGGACAAGGUAGAAAGUUAGAUUUGUAAUGCAUGCCUGCCAACAUUGCUACGACUACGAAUACGAUACUUUUGCACAGGAUACACCGUCAUCGCGAUGCCUCGUCCUGGGGGGCCAGCUGAACGACGGGACGAGAUGAGCCGUAACACAGCUGCAAGUUUAGGCUCCGUGUUGGUACAGGCCCCCGCAUUGAGCUGACGAAAGAGCAGCGACGUACCUCGGCAAGGUAGGUUCUUGCAGCAAAAGGUUGUGCUGCUGGCUCGUGUGAAAUUUUUAAACCAUUAUCCCUGAAAGUGAAAGCAAAGAAAUCGAAACAACAUCAAAACUUUACAAUCAACGGCCAUUGCCUCGCGAUGCACCUCGGCGUUUGCGAAACGCGCGAUGGUAUUUAUGUCAACUUUAUUUGGUGCAAAAUCUAAAACUAACGACGACGUCUAUAAACAUUUUUGUCAUUGUAGCAGAGCUACUGGUGCUACUCCUCUCGAUCCUGAAUGGGUCACGUAGCAUAUUAAGUCCCAUGAUCCCUGCUAUGAUGUUGUAUCUAUACGCCGGCAAACGUCGCGACUAUUUGUAUUUCAUCGCAUUUCCGUGCCUGCCGCUCUUAGAUGAAGGGACGGAAAUUUAUGGCAACUUGAAUAGCAGAACUCUUAGCCACUCGGGUACGAAGAAAAAGAUGCUGCAUUUUUUUGAAUUUGACGGGGAGAGUAGCAGUAGCAAGAGGCCGCACGGGUUUCAGCGGUGGGGGAUUUUUGAUUAUCAUGUACGAUAUAAUAUGUAGUACUUCCUACGUUUCUCUUUGUUGUUGUUCUGUCAACAUCUAGAAGUUUCUAGCUGUGCCCCCCCCGCCAUGAUGCUUCUCCUAUCGGGGAUUGACAGAUAGCAACACAAGUACUUCGCUUUUGGGAAUACAACAAUAAACGAUCAUGAUGUUUGGUUGCUAGAGGCGGUCUCCGCGAACAU